AAGCACGUGGAAACCAGAGGUGUGGGCACUGGUAUUUUUUGCAGAGCUGCAGAACAUCGUUAAAGUGAUAAACAGUUGCAAUAAGCCAUUACCUGCACACGUUAAUGUAAUUAGUAAACAAACUUGUGGCAGGCGUCGAGCUCCUGCGUCAGACUUUACGCACCAUGCGCCCUGUGUGACUAGAAGCUGAUUUCGCAUCUUUGCGCGCAGUGAUGUUGUAUACCGGAGACAGUGCCUGAAUGAAGAGACCGUGCACUUUGCUUUGGAUUCAUAGUGUCACGCUGACACGGACGCUACAACCAGUUCUGUACAUUACACAAGAUUGAAGGAAAAAACACAACUUUCUUUCCCUGCUUCCUCCUGAUCUCCCUCUUGUCAGUCUCCUCCACCACCUUCAUCUUGAAGGAGCUCCGGUGUUGCAGCCAUGCCAAAGAACACCAAGGUGACCCAGCGGGAGCACAGUAAUGAGCCAGUCACUGAGUCGGUGGCUGACCUGCUAUCCCUGGAGCACCCCAUGGACUAUAAGAGCAGUCAGAUGAGUAUGGGUUUGAGUCCUGGCUCUACCGCUCCAGUGAAGGCCCUGAUACCCUCCCCUGACCCCGACGCAGAGGACGGCAGACCGGCCUGGAACAACAAGCUGGAGUACAUCCUGGCCCAGGUGGGCUUCUCUGUGGGCCUAGGUAACGUCUGGAGGUUCCCCUACCUGUGCCAGAAGAACGGUGGAGGUGCAUACCUGGUGCCCUACUUCAUUCUCCUCCUCCUCAUCGGCAUCCCCCUGUUCUUCCUGGAGCUGGCAGUGGGACAGAGGAUCAGGCGUGGCAGCAUCGGGGUGUGGAACUACGUCUGCCCACAGCUGGGAGGCAUCGGGGUUUCCAGUCUGAUGGUUUGCGGUUUUGUGGGCCUCUACUAUAAUGUGAUUAUCGGCUGGAGCAUCUUCUAUUUCUUCCAGUCUUUCCAGUAUCCACUGCCUUGGGCUGAAUGCCCCAUCCAGAGAAAUGGAUCCCUAGCCAUCGUGGAGCCGGAGUGUGAGAAGAGCUCGGCCACCACUUACUUCUGGUACCGCCAGACUCUCAACAUCACCAGCUCGAUCGAUGACACCGGCGGCCUGAACUGGAAGAUGACCCUGUCCCUUCUGGUAGCUUGGAUCUUGGUCUGCCUGGCUGUCAUCAAGGGCAUCCAGUCCUCUGGGAAGGUGAUGUACUUCAGCUCUCUCUUCCCAUAUGUGGUGCUUUUCUGUUUCCUGGUGCGAGGUUUGAUGCUGAAGGGAGCAGUGGAUGGCAUCGCUCACAUGUUCACCCCUAAGCUGGAAAAGAUGUUGGAGCCGCAGGUGUGGAGAGAAGCAGCCACGCAGGUCUUUUUCGCUCUCGGCCUUGGCUUCGGAGGUGUCAUCGCUUUCUCCAGCUACAACAAGCGAGACAACAACUGCCACUUUGAUGCAACGCUGGUCUCCGUCAUUAACUUUGUCACCUCCAUCCUGGCCACUUUAGUUGUGUUUGCAGUCCUGGGGUUCAAAGCGAACAUCAUGAAUGAGAAGUGUGUUGUCGAUAAUGCAGAGAAGAUUUUGGGCUUCCUAAACACAGGUGUGCUGAGCAAAGAGCUCAUCCCUCCUCACAUCAACUUCUCCCACCUGUCCGCCCAGGACUACGCAGAGAUGUACGGUGUCAUUAAGACGGUUAAGGAGGACAGCUUUGACCAGCUGGGCCUGGACGCCUGUGUGCUAGAGGACGAACUCAACAAGGCGGUUCAGGGCACUGGUCUGGCAUUCAUCGCCUUCACAGAGGCCAUGACACAUUUCCCUGGCAGUCCCUUCUGGUCUGUCAUGUUCUUCUUCAUGCUGAUCAACUUGGGUCUGGGAAGCAUGAUCGGCACCAUGACUGGCAUCACAACACCCAUACUGGAUGCUUUCAAGAUACGCAAAGAGAUCCUGUGUGUGGCUUGCUGUAUCAUAGCCUUUCUGUUAGGCCUGCUGUUUGUGCAGCGCUCAGGGAACUACUUUGUCACAAUGUUUGAUGACUACUCGGCUGGUUUGCCUCUCACUGUGGUGGUGAUCCUGGAAAACAUCUCUGUAGCCUGGAUCUACGGCACUAAGAGGUUCAUGCAGGACCUGGAGGACAUGCUUGGUUUCAGGCCUUACUCCUUCUAUUACUACAUGUGGAGAUUCGUGUCGCCAGCUGUCCUGGUGGUGCUCAUCAUCUCCACUGUCAUUGAGAUGGCCGUCAGUCCUGCAGGAUACAACGCCUGGGUGGAGGCUGAGGGCGCAGAGCGUUUCCAAAGCUACCCUCCCUGGGCUUUAGCCAUGGCCUACUCUCUCAUCGUGGUGGCCAUGCUGCCUUUACCCCUCGUCUUUAUUGUUCGCCACUUCAACCUGAUCUCAGACGGCUCAAACAAGCUGUCCGUCUCCUACCGUAAAGGCAUGAUGAAGGACAUCUCCAACCUCGAAGAACAGGACGAGCAGCGCUUCAUCCUCAGCAAGAAGCUCAGCGAGGCUCCUUCCCCGAUGCCUACCCACCGUGCUUACCUGGGCCCCGGCGGCACCCAGGAGAUGACCAACACCAACUAUGGCACCAGCACCAAGACAGGCUACCAGAACAUUGGCUCGCCCGAGUCUGAGCUAUGAUCCACUGAGCUCAUAGAUCCUCCCAUCCAUUAUACCCCAGCCUUGCUUAGAGAGAGGGAGACAGAGGAAGAAAGGGAGGAACAGAGGAUGUCAAGAGGCAAUGAAAAUCCACUGUUGGUUGUUGCAGCGUUCAUCACACUUUAACCCCCAGAGCUGAAUCUCUCUAUCCCCCGUUUUCUGCCCCUACGCUCCUCGCCUUUGGUUCUUCCCCGCCAUAGGAUCCGUGCUGCCAGUUGCCUAUCAAUCCCAGCUGUAAUGAAGGGAUUAUGGGAAUGUGAGUCCCACCAGAUAUGAUGACAUUUUCCAUUUGUCAAAGUAAAAGGGGGGCAGAGAGAGAGGGACAUAGACAGGAACAGAGGGAGGAGUGAAGCUUAGAAAGGUCCACUGAGGGCUUCGAUACUACAAGCUUUGUUUUGUAAUAAGCUCUGGCUGAGGUUAAGGUAUGUGCAACGCUAAAAUGCUUUACGUUGUACUAAACUGUGUGUUGACCAGUUUGGAGAAGGUUCUUUUUGAGACAGUUAGAUGUUCCUAACAUCUUAUUAUUCUGGUUCAGUUGUAGAAAAUGAUUUGUGGGGUUAGGAUGGAUGGAAGGAGACUCAGAAAGAAAACUUAUUUUCAUGAUCAGUAUCACCGUAUGAGAACAUUUGUCAUCUAGAAAGCAAACGUAUUACAAAUGCAUUCAUAUAAGUAGGUAGUAAGUCUUAUAGUGUAAACAGUGUUCCAAGCACAUUACAUCUUUAUUGUGCCUAUCAUGCAUCAGCAAUAAUAACCAGUCAAAGUAGGGUCCUCAUAAAACUGUGGAUCUCCUUCUAUCCCUACUUUCCCCACUGAUGUAGAAUACUGUACAUAUGUGUUGUGCAAUAGUCUGAGAUGUCACCGCAAAUCGUGUAUAUACAUCACAGAAGUGCAAAACUAUUCGCUUCUUCAUUUCUUCUCCAUGAAUACCGAAACACAGACACCCACUGUCGUUUUAGAGCAUCUCUGAGCCUUAACACAGAGCAACACUUUUCUUUUAAACAACCUUUCUUCUUGAGAACUAAGGCUCUGGAGCUGUUGCCAACAGCACUGCACACGUUGUCUCGCUGCUGUUCCAGUCGCAGCUGGUCUAGACAAAGCUUUUCCAUUUGAAUCAAGCAAUUUAAUCAAGCAAUUCCAUUUUAAUCAGUGCCCUAGAAGGGCAGAGGUGGCAGUACACGAGUAGAGAUAAGCAGAGCGGCAUCACGCUGGUCUGUCUGUGUGUUAAUGAGGCAGACCUAGAAGGAAUUGGAAAAUGUGAGUUUGUGUACGUGCCUGUGCAAGUGUGCGUGCGUCAGUGUGUCGUCUGCCGCUGAAUGAGAGCUCCCAGUGACCCUGCCUCUUUAAAAAUAGAGCAGCGUUACCCAGGGUAAGCCGUGGCAACACACCAUAGAUACAGAUCCUCUUCUGAUGUGAAGGAGGAAGAGAAGAGUGGACAUCUUGCUUUGUCUGCUCCACCUGCACAGCUAUGUACUCAGCAAUACACACAAUAUAUUUUACUGUUGAGGCCCUACAAGAAUAUAUCUCGAAUAUAAUGUUUUACAGUGCAUUGAGUAAGAGGUUCACUGCCGUGCCGUGUUUGGGUUUAAUUGUUGUACAUUCCUCAAAUUGUAACCACUACAGAUUUCAUAAGCACUAAAAUGUACACUUUGAUGUAUUUUUGUGAACUGAGGUGUGAAAAGUUUUAUCCUUUUUUUUGUAAAAAAAAAAAAUGUCUAUAAUCUUGUAUGACAACGUAUGUUUAGCAGUAUAAUAUGGAAAAUUGUGCAGUGAUAUAAAUAUUUGGACUAAGUGGUAAUACACAGAUUUCAUCACUGGAUGUCUCUGUUGGCCAGCAGAGGAGCCAAUGACUCUCUGUCUCUCGUGGCCCCUCCCUGAGACAACACCAAUACUUGAGACUGAACGGAUGUAUUGUGAAGCACAGUCAGUCACAUUGUUUGGUGCCUGAACAGCAUAUCUGUUGUCUGUUUGCCUUAUGCUUUUCUCAGUUUGGUUCAUCUCAUUCACUUGAGCACUUUAAUUAGGUAGAGACCCUGGAGUUGUUUGUCAAGUGCAGGUUGGACAAAAGCUUUGUCAGUAAUCACAAGAAUGCUGUCACAGAACAUGUAUUGGUUAGUAAUAUUUAUAUAUAGUGACAGAUUGAGGGAGCUGACUGGAGGCACAAUACACAAAUGUAUCAAAAGCCACUUUGUCAGACACAUCUGGUUUCUUGUGUGUUAGUUAAGCAGAUUGUUUUCUGUAAACUUUGAGCAUUUUAACAAUAAUGUUUCAUCUUAUAUUGUUAAGAGCGUGUUGAUGCGUUGAAUUUUUCCCUGUUAUCACGCCAGUGUUGAUUGAUGCCAUUGGAUAGCUCCUAGGUCCUCCAAUUUUACAUAAUGUAAGUCUUGACCAAUGCCUAUGCUAUUACAUGGCUCUUACUAUCUGUUUAGGUGAAAACAAAACAAUAGAAAAACAAAGGGAUCUUUCCACACUAGUCUCCCCCUAAAUCACAGGAAAGGUGGUUGCUCUCCAUCCUGAAUGCAUUAGGAUCUUACAAAUGAACAUGUAAACACACAUUAGCCAGAGUAUAGCUUGCUCAGUUGCUAAAAAUGAGUGUGCAAAAACAUGCAGAACUACUGUGAUAACAUGUACAAGAAACCAGAUGUUUUUGGUCAAUUGGCUUGCAACACAAAUUACAUAACCUCAGGUGAAGGCACUCUCCUGAACUCACCUGCAGCUUAAAAACUCUGACACACCAGGGCACAUUAAAGCACAUUAAAGCACAUUUAUGGAAGCACAUGAAAGUGAGCACAAAGGAGUGAGCAUGCCUUGGUGAGCAAGCUCCAGUCAAUGAGUUAAAAAUAGAGUGUGGGUGAUCUGGAUGAUGAAAUCUGUAGAUUAUGUUAGUUAUGGUAUAAUUCCUGCGUCCUCCAAGGGGUCACUGGAGGAUAAGUCUGCACACUGAAAUGCACUGCCAUCUACAUAAGAAGCUAAACUGCACCAUUAUAGUUUGUUCUAACUAUAGAUUGAUCUGUACAAUAAAUACAUAAGAGGUGACAAACCUGAGCUUAUACUGGUGUGGAGGAAAAAGCACAAUCAAAACACAUGAGUUCAUAGAGUCUUUUGAAAACAGCAAUAUCAAGUUUAAACCCCUGGCUUAUUUCAAUACAUGAUGCACAGUUUGCCACAUUUCGCCAAGGAGUUCCCACUUCUCCACACCAGGCAAAGCAGGUCUUGCCUCUAACAUUAAAUACACUGUUGAAAUACUCUGCCCAGUGGAAAAAUGUCUUAUCAUAUUGUUUAAAAUUUGCUCAGUAAAAAGAUAUUGGCAUUUGUAGGCUAUUGAUAUUGGAUAUUUAUUGUUGAAAACUCCAACUCCAGGGUCUCUUUGUCUUGUCCAUGUGUCGGUUGUGUUGCAUUAGAUACUACAAAGCAACUUCUAGAUUACUGUAACUCAGUUGAAUUACUGUGAAUAACGCAACAAAAAUAGAGUAAUAGUGUUUUAUUUAAUUGUGCAAAUAGUCUUUAUGUGAACAAAUCCAUAGUUAUAUUUAUAGUAUUUAAGACAUGAGAUGUAUUUAAUCUGUACAUAUUGAUGUACAUUCUGAUAAAUCCACACUGAGUAUAGUAUAGCAUAUAGUAAGAGUGACCGGGUGUAUACUUGAGCUGUAAAUAAUAAUUGUAUAUUUUGAUAUAUUUUUUGAUUUUUGUACUGUAGGUAAUGUUACUUUGCUGUCUAUUGGUUUCUGUGUGUGUGGUUGUUCUCAAUCAAAAUAGCUGCGCGACUGUGUGUGUGUGUGUGUGUGUGUGUGUGUGUGUUUGUGUGUGUGUAAAGUAAGAGUAUAUGUAGGUUUUUGGUGUUUAAAUGUGUGUUUUUUCUCCUCUCUCUGUUGUGUGCUGCUGAUCUAAUCCAGUAGAUACAAUCCUGUUGUUACAGUGAACUGGGACCACUAAUGUAAGCAAUCUCUGCUCUGUUUUUCUCACUGGAACUACAGUGGCUUCCAGCACAAAACUGACAACACAAGGAAAUGUUUGAGUAUAUAUAGUCAAACAUUUCCUUCUGAUUGUUCAGUCGGAAUCUGUGUGUGAAGAUUCAGGUUGUUAUAACAUUGAUACAGAAACUAAAGUUCUUUGGUUGAAGAGAGUGAUGAACUGUACAAAAAUGAUGAAGUGAACAGGAAAUUAAAAUAAACACUUUUAUUAAAUAGA